AUGGAGUUCAAGCUGGAGGCUCAUCGUAUUGUCAGCAUCUCCCUGGGCAAGAUCUGGCCAACUGCGGUCCAGCGCGGCGGCAUCAAACUGCACAAGAACCUGCUGGAGUUCAGGCCUCACAGCAGCGCCCGCCAGGUCUACCUGAGUGACUGCGCCUGGGCUCCCCCAUCUGGUCCCAGUGGGAGCCUGGCGGCAUGCCGCCGCAGCGGGGAGCGGCUGGCCGGCCGCCCAGGCGGGUUGGGAUACCUGCCGGCCGCUUGUGCCGCCCGGCCGGAGACCGAGCCGUAGCCGGAGCGCCCGGCCGACCCGGCCCCGCCGCGCGGGUGGGAGGAAGUCAGGAGGUCUCGGUGAUGGGCGCGCCGGGGACGCUCUUCGGGCCGGCGAGAGGUGGAGGCGGAAGCUGCCUGGCGCCGCGUGGAGGGACCGCGCGAGGCGAGGAGGAGCCGGGUCUCUCGCGGCAGCUGGUGGCCCCGUGGGCGCUGCCACUGCCCCCCAGGAGGGGAGGACAGGGCUGGGGGCGCUGGGCGUUGCCCCCGAGUUGACUGCCGCUGUGCAGGCCCGCGGCCGGCCGAGGGACCGGCACCGCCCGCCGUCGGCCCCCGGAAGCGCGGCGCGGCGGGCGUGGGUGGCGGCCCCGCGGGCGGUCCGGCGCCCGGCUCCAGCCCGCUCAAGAAGCCCCGCCGGAACUCGGAGGAGCAGCCGGGCGGGGCGGAGGAGGAGGAGGAGGAGAUGGAGACCGGGAACGUGGCUAACCUCAUUAGCAUCUUCGGUUCCAGCUUCUCGGGACUCUUGCGGAAAAGCCCCGGGGGCGGCCGGGAGGAAGCCGAGGGAGAGGAGAGCGGUCCGGAAGCCGCCGAGCCCGGGCAGAUCUGCUGCGAUAAGCCGGUGCUGAGAGACAUUAACCCUUGGAGCACAGCCAUCGUGGCCUUCUGAGCCCCCGGGUCCCGUUCGGAAGGAGGUUGAGCGGCGGGUGGCCCCGACGUGAGGCUGCGAGGACGGCCCAGAGACCGCAGGGCGCUGGACGCGUUGCGGGGACCGUGGGUGCCGCCGGGCAGCACCGACUGCCCUCGGGCUCGGCGGCCUCCCCCCUGGAGGCUUGUCGGAAGAGGACGAUCGUUAACUUUUGUGUAGUGUUCUGUCUGUGUACGUACGUCUGUCUUGUUGAAUUCAGACCAUUUUGUCCUUCUGGAAUGCACCACCCCUUUCCCAGGGCUGAGGAGAUCGGGGGCAGACGGGGACUUUCCUUUGCCGGCAGCCCCGAGAAGGAAGCGGCGGA